GUUGCACUGUGAAAAUUCAAAUAAUAACGGCUAGUCAAGAUUUUCUCACACACCAAAUUUCCUCUUGUUGCUUCUCAGGCUCUAGUCGUCCUUUAUCAACUCUCUCUCUUUCUCUCUCCUCUCAAUCAGAGAAACUACCCAGUUUCUUACCCUAAUCUGCAACAAAACAACAAUCAACCACUCACAAAUUCGACACUUUUCAACAACAAAAAUGAUCAAAGACGACAAAUUACAGGGAUUUUAUACACCACCUCCAAAACGUAAUUCAAGACCACCAAAAACAUGGAUGUCAGAGCAGCCCAUCAAGAACAGACAUCCCCAUCAUUUCCAUGUCAUUCACAAAGUCCCUUCUGGUCAUUCUCCGUACGUCAAGGCCAAACAUGUUCAGUUGAUAGAAAAGGAUCCAAGCAAAGCAGUGGCCUUGUUCUGGAAUGCUAUAAAUGCUGGUGAUCGUGUUGAUAGUGCUUUGAAGGACAUGGCAGUUGUGAUGAAACAAUUGGAUCGGUCGAAUGAGGCCAUCGAGGCUAUUAAAUCUUUUCGCCAUCUCUGUUCAUUUGAUUCUCAAGAAUCUCUUGAUAAUGUGCUACUGGAACUUUAUAAGCGGUCUGGAAGGCUGGAAGAGCAGAUUGAGGUUAUUGAGCUUAAGCUAAAGAGACUUGAAGAAGGCAAUACUUUUGGGGGAAGGAGAGUGAAAGUGGCAAAGUCACAGGGCAAGAAGAUUCACAUAACAGUUGAGCAAGAAUAUGCAAGGCUUUUAGGGAACUUGGCAUGGGCAUACUUGCAACAAAAUGAUUAUAAAACUGCUGAGGAAUAUUAUAGGAAAGCUCUAUCACUUGAGGCUGACAAGAACAAGCAGUGCAAUCUUGCAAUCUGCUUGAUGUGCAUGAACAGGUUAACUGAGGCCAAGUUUCUACUUCAAGUCAUCCGUGCUUCAGAUUCUCAAGGGGAGAUGGAUGAGUCCUAUGCCAAGUCCUUUGAGAGGGCAUUUGAACUCUUCACUGAAUUGGAAACUCAACAAGAUAAAUCAUCUUCGUUUGAAGCUGAAAAGGAAAACCGUUGUGGAAAUGUCAAACUCUUGCAGAAAAAGCCACUUCGAAACAGCAAUACAAGUGUUUCAGAUAACCAAUUUGAUCUUGAUGAUAAGAAAACGUACACACCAUCAGUUGAAGGUCGAGGAAUCCUCAAGAGUCCAUUCACACAGCCCAAGAGAAGUUUUUGUGUAGACAAUGGGAAUUGGAAAAAAGGAACAUACAGGGAUGAACCAGUAAGCUGCUUGCCUCGCAGGCUCCAAUUCGAAAAUCCUGCAGAUUCCACAAAUUUGAAAAGUAAAUAUUUGCAGACAAACCAGGAUGGUGGGAGUAUUAAAAUGAUUAAUAUGCCAGUCGAUUCUACUCCAGAUAGAAAUGUUCCGGACAAGAAAGCUCUUGAUGCUGUUGACAGAAAAGAAACCUCUAAUAAUUGGGAUUUCACGAGCUUUAAAUCUCAGAAGAGCUGGGCUGAUAUUGCUGAGGAAGAAGAAGAAGAGGAGAUGAUGCCUCCAUUACCAGGAGUCAAGUCUUGUGAAAAAGAAUUCAGCAUAAAAUUACAAUCACUGAGUUUUAAUCAAGAUGCAGAAAAGCAAUCGCCAGCAUGCCGACCAUUAUUUUUUAACCAACAGAAGCAGCAGGAACCACUCAAGAGUAACAGACUUCAGGUGUUCCGUGAUUUGACUCCAGAAUAAUACAGAGUUUUUGUGCAUGCAAUUUUUUGCUAGUUUAGUGUUCAUAAAUUUGACAUAUUAUCAUUCUUUGAUUUCAUGUAACUGCUGUACGUAAAAUUUCAUCUUAUGACAGUAAAUGAGUAUAGGGACUAGGCUGUAUCAGCAAAUACAAGUAAAAAACAAAUAUUGUCAACA